CCGCCAGGGCUCACAAGGGUUGGUCCCGGGGCGCUCGGAUGUGGCCGCGCGGCCGGGGAGGCGGGAACCGGUCAGCGGGGCUGAGCGGGCAGCGGCGGUGGCGCGGGGCUGAGCAGGUGGCUGUUGGGGCCUGGGGCAGAGAGGCUCGUCCGCGGCCCCCACACUCCAACCCACUCGCCGAUGCCGGCCCCUUCGGCCGCCCGCCCUCCCCUCACCCACGCUCGGAAGGCAACCUCACCUGCUUGGCCGGCCGGGGACCCCGGGAGCGCGGGACCACCAGUGGGCAGCAUCACAGCCAGCCGGCUUCCUGGAGGCCGCGCUCCUUUCCUGGAGCCGCACCCCCGCCCGGCCCCAGCCGGCAACACGUCACCGCCUGCGCCCGGAGCGCGCCCGCUGUCGGCGGGAGCGCGCACGCCGAGGGGCGCGUUGAGCGCUGGGGGGCGGAGCCUGAUGCGGGAUGAUUGGCGUCCGAGCGCUGGGGUGUUCCGUGGACCCGCGCGGCCACGCCAGUGUGCAGUGCACGGGAAAUGUGGACGUGGGAGCGCGGAGGCACCCAGUACUGUGGCGUGGUGCUCGUCUGGUCGUCAGCGAGCCUCAGCGUACUUAGGACACCGCAGUUUAUCUUUCCUUAGCGCUCCUAACGGUUAUGGAAAAUAGCGCUUGAAAACCUGGUAAGGACUAGGCAUUGUUGCUCAACUCUUGACAUUUACACCUUUGCCGGUAACUCUCCCUGUUUCACAGAUGGGGAAACGGAGGCUCACACUUAUUCAGUCUCUCUUGAGAUCCACCUGAUUCGUGAGAGGUAGAGCCAGGAUUUCAUUCUUGCCCGUCGAUGGCAUAUGUUAGUGCCUAUGUUGGGGGAGGCAGACUGCCCCAGCCCUCCCCAACACACGCAAUGGUUAUGAGAAGAAAUAAAGCGAAGGGUGUUCCUGAGAUUGACCCCAUGACCUACACUUAGUACAAGGCUAAGCUCUCUUAGCUCUCUGGCUUAGCAAUAAACUGCUUUGAAGACACAGAACUUUGCACUUGAGAGCUGGAAGAGACCUUGGGAAUCCCGGGUUCCAUCCUUUCUUCCACCUUGUAUACAGAUGAAUGCACUGUGGCCCAGAGAUAGGAGGUGACCAGCAAUCCAGCCACUUUAAAAGAUUUUUAAAAACAAGAGCCCUAGAAACGUCUACUCCAUUCCAUUUAUCAAGUAAAACAAGCUUAGACAGAACUGGCAGUUCUACAUCUUAACACAGAAUCCUUCUUGGUCCAGCACCCGCCGGGGUCACCUCCUCUUCCUGGAUUCAGCUACUGUUAACGGAAGAAACCAUGAAGCCUCAGAAGGUUAGAGCCAAAGGGACUCUACUGUGUAGCCCCAAUCACCUUCUUUUACAGUUAAGAGCCUGGAACCCAGAGAGGUUGAGUGACUUGGCCAAGACCCCCUGGAGGCAGAGGCGAGCAGAACCAAUGUUUCAGACUCCCACAUGACUUGCUCAUCAGUGUCUUUUUUUGACAAUCUGUUGCUAUAAGAAAUUACUCGUUUGGAUAAUUUUCACACUAGAAAACCCUGUGACCCAACGCUAGCAUUGAGAAGCUAAAGCUGGCCACUGACAUACUGUGAUUUUAAGGACAGGCUCUUUCGAAAUUAUCUGCCUUUCAAAAUCCUUGCCAUUGGAGACACUGGUUGGGGUUAUGUUAGUCUUCCUUAAGGAGGGCUCUACUAAAAUGCCAGACUAGGCCGGGCAUGGUAGCUCACGCCUGUAAUCCCAGCACUUUGGGAGGCCAAGGCAGGUGGAUUGCCUGAAAUUAGGAGUUCAAGACCAGCCUGACCAACAUGGUGAAACCCCAUCUCUAUUAAAAAUACAAACACUAGCUGGGCAUAGUGGCUUUUUUGUGCCUGUAAUCCCAGCUACUCAGGAGGCUGAGACAGGAGAAUUGCUUGAACCCGGGAGGCGGAGGUUGCAGUGAGCCGAGAUCACGCCAAUGGACUCCAGCCUGGGCAACAGAGUGAGACUCCAUCUCAGAGAGAGAGAGAAGAAAAGCCAGACUAGUCAACAUUCAGACAUACAAGACGGAGAUCACCAUGCGAAACCAGCCUGGCCCUUAGAUGUGUGUGCUCGAGCCAGGAUCAUCCAGAGUCUGACAGCGCCUGCACCCCAACACGGUUGGAUUCCAGGACGCCAGUGCCAAACCCAGAGAAAGGACAACCAGCUUCCAUGCAUUUGCAUUUAAUUUUUAAAAACAAUACAUAUUUCAGUGUUAACUUCCUCCCCUCACCUGGCUUGAAAUAUUUUCCCCAUUUUCCGGGGAAACAAAAUCUACCAAAAGGUGCUGCCUGCAAGACCCCGGGCCCAGCCACUUCUGGAGGGUGGUGCUGUGUGGACUCCUCUGGGGCCAGGACAGGGCCCCUUCCUGGGCUCCUCUUCAGAUGCAGCUUUGCCACUGAUUGUAUCUGUUGCUUAGAAAAUCGUCUUCAAUGUUUCAAGUGAGGAAAGGGUUUCCAGUCACCUCCUAGAUUUCACACCGGGACACACACCUGGUUCAGGUGAGCAUGACAGAGCCCCCAGGAUGGGCACCUGACUCUGCAGACCAGAGGCCAGUGCCGGUGGGGGCCAUGGCAGUGCCCUGGGCACACAUACUCUGCACACUGCGGGCUCAGUGGUUCCUUCUGUGCACCUGCUAGGAAAGCUCCUGAAGGUCCCUGCCCGACUUGUCAAGAAAUCAGAGGCCGUUUUAGAGCCACGUUUUAUUGUACUUGUUGCUUCACCGCUGGACAGCAGCAUGACAUGCUUUGUGCAUGAUGUAUACGUAUACAUACAUGUACACACACGGACACACCACAGCCCGCACUCACAGCAUGUGACAACACGAACCGUUGCUGGUAAGGACAGUAAAAAUGUAGCUUUUGCCAAUUCCACAGGACAAUGACUCACAACCAAAAUAACAGGCACAGGUCAGUCCUGCGCCACACUAUUUGGGUUCCCAGCUCCAAAUACUGGGAAAGAGUGAGAUCAGUGACUUCGUGUCCCCUCAUGAGAUGUCCCCACAGUAGGAUGCACUGAGCCAGAGCUAAGGGAGGGUGGACAAGCCCCACGUUGAACUCUGCCUGCAGCACCUGGACCCUCCCGGGGCAGCCUGCAUGCUGAUGCCCCUGCAGCACAAGGCUCGCCCGGAACAGAACGCCCUGGGCUCGGCAGGACAACGGGUGCCACCACUGACAACACGUAGCACCUGAGAGCAGCCUCGACUGCGUGAGGCUCCAGGGCCUUCCCUGGAUGGCAGCAGCUGACGUGGAGAUGAAGCUUCCUGCUGGGCCCAUGCACAUGCCAGUUUCUUUUCCUAAUAGGUCCCCACUGGGUGCUGGCUGCAUCAACUGAACAUCAGAGAACUAGGAAAGUUCACAAACACUGAGCAGUAGUAUCUAAAGCAGUUUAAAAAUAAAGCCAAAAGGAAGACCAAAAAAUCCCUCAUCACUGAGCGGAGACAAAUCUACAUACCAGCAGCUGCCUUGAAAGGGCCGGCGGGGCCGCUCCCAUGCCUCCUGCAGGUCGGAAGCAAUCAGUGCUGCCCGGACCCCCUUGUGAACCGAACAUGCCUCAAAAACACGACGACCCCAGCAGGCCCCUGGCAGCACCCAGCAGCAGCGUCCAAUGGGACGUUCUGUGCCCACGGCCACAGUGGCUCACAAGCAUCAUCCGCAGCCCGAGAGUGAGGAGUCAGGGUCCUGUCACUGCCACCAGCAGGCAGGGGUGCUGGGGGCGUUCUGAUCUGUUAGCAUGUGGACAAGGAGGCGCGUAAGCUGCCCCCGGGGACUCACCACCUCUUUUAAUUAAUAGGGAAACAGUCCACUCAAGAAAAAGAGAAAACCUGGGAAGUUCUUUUUCCUGAAUUAAGACAAGGCCUUAAAACCUAAAGGGCAGAACACCGGAAACAGUUUUGCUUCCAGGUCAGGCAGUGGGAGGAACUCCAGGCCCCGAGUGUCUGGGCUUCCUGGGGGUCUUAUAAUCACAAUCACCACUGUGAGAAUUUUCAUGGCCAUGAUUUAUUUAGGUUUUACAAAUUCUGUAGGAACUGGGUUCCACAAACCUCCAGACCUGCUCCUCUUUCCCACCCUACCCCACCCUUUGCGGGGAGCUGCAUGGUUCUAAAAAAUGGUCCAUUGGACUCUGUAACUGAAAAGCCACCUGGCAAGGGGCCCACUUUGAUGGGUACCAAAGGGCCUUGGAGUGUUCUAGCCACAGAGCUGUGUGCAGGCACAACAGAGGGCCUGGUGGGGCUGAGCCAGGCCCCCUGACAGGCGGCUUUCUACUUUAGGUCCAAGCUUAGAGCCUGGCUCUUGGCCAGUCUGGGGAAAAAUAACUCACUUCCUAAGCUACAUCUACAAAAAUUGCAAAGGCUGAGUACAGCCAGCAUUUGAGGCUGAACUUGCUGCUGUGUUGAGCGGCACGGAGGCACCCCACCGUCUCGCUGCCUCGCAUUUCAGGAUGGGCCAAACAAUGAAUUUCUUAUUCUUUUAGGAGAGGUCUGAUUUUGACAAAUUAUUUCCAAUUUAAUAUCACAGUGCAUAGCUCUCCUCUCAUCAAAGGUCUUCAUGAUCAUUUUAGGGAGAAAAACCAAAGAAAAGUGAGACAAACAAAACUGCCCCAGGACUUGGUGCUGGCAGCCAGCUCAUCACCCACAUGGGGAUCCACAAUAGGGGUCAGCUGGGGGCCCUCAACCAGCACCCCGCUCCUAAGCACGUCCAGAUUUGUCCUCACAUCCAUGUCCCUUCUGGCAACUUCCUGGUCAACCUCAACCCACCCCUCUGCACAGCCUUGGGUGGGCCGUUGAGGGCCAUGAGUGAGCUGGGGCCAUGAGUCAGCAGGCAGGCCGGGAAAAAGGGCCUCAGGAGACUCAUCUGGUUGGUCCCAGCCAGAGCCACCACACACAGCCUCUUCCUCAGCUUCAUCUCUGCUGAGAACUCUGCAGCGGCCACCAUGGAUGUUCUGCAGAAGCCAGGCCCACUGAGUCUGCAGCAUGGGGCCAAAGGCAGGCCCAGCAUAUCCCGUGAGCCACAGAGUGGGGGCAGCUCUGAGCCCUCGGCCAGCACAGGGAUAUCAGACCCAUUUCCCCCACUCCUCUACCCAGGGCGCCACCAACAAGGUCUAGGAGAGACAAAAGACUGACUUCCAAUGGUCCACGCGUGGAUUCCGUGGUCUGGCUGCUGGCCUCCCAGGGACCCAACCCUUCUGAGCCAGAGGGGUCACUCUGGUCCAGUCAGUCCUUCCUCCAGGGACAUAACGAAUCUGGCUCUGCCUGAAUCAUCGAUGACAGGGCAAAGGCAAGUGGAGCAGAUGGGAGCUCUGGCAAACACGGGAGGAGGGUCUUGG